UAUUUGUUCCUUUGGUUAUUAUCUGUUUGUCACUGUGUUAUCAGCUGAUAAAUUCGCGAUAAGUGAUUGCUUAGUCAAUGCAUUUCUUUGAAGUUCUUACGUUGUGAUACUGUGGGAGUGUUCCAACAGAUUGGGAAGAUUGCAAAAGUUUGCCUCCAACAGACAGCAGUCGGCGAUGUGAAUUCUUGCAUGAUCUGUCCGUCCAUCAGUAGCAGCUGCUGUAGCCCAGUCCGCCAGUAUCCAACGAAACGAUGAUAUCAUCCGUGCCUUCGAGACUGAAGUGUUAAAAAGUGAAAUUGAACAACAAAGUCCACCUUACCACGUGCCAGAUUGUAAGCCUACAUACCGGGUUUGUUCGGCACGCUAAAUAACGAAAAUGAAGCCACCAGCAUCAGCACCACCGUCUGUGAUAUUAGUGUUAAUAGUGUUACUGUCAGUGAUCAAGGUGAAUGGAUUUAAUCUGUCACCUCAGCCCAACUAUGUGUUCAAUGAGCCAAAGCUCCAAACCUUCAUGGAGACGGUGCGGUCGUCGUUCUUUGGAUUUUCCCUCAACCUGAGGCCUGGAGGACUCAUCGUCGGAGCACCGCGAGCCCAGUCGAACCUCGCAUCGCAACGCAAAAUCAACGAAACCGGAGCCAUAUACAAAUGCCACUACGACAGUGGAGAGUGCGCUCCGUACUAUUUUGACCGCAACGGAAACACCAACAACGAAAAUGAACCCUUUGCCUACAGUUCCGAGAAGAAGGACUACCAGAUGCUCGGAGCCGCUAUGGAUGGGCAUGGUUCCGAUGGCGAUCGAUUUGUGGUUUGCGCACCGAAAAUCAAAAGUGAACUGGUGGAUUACUAUCUGCUGCAUGGAAUCUGCUACCUCACCGAUGGAACCGAGCUAAACGAACCGAAAUCCAUCCGACCGAUCUAUCCGCUGCGAGUGAAAGAUAAACAACUAUACAAGGACCACAACAGUGGCAUCCAGUUCUACAACUAUAUGUACGGUGAGCAAGGUCUGAGCGUUCACAUCACCGACGACAAUGAGGAGAUUCUGAUCGGUGCCCCAGGUGUGUUCAAUUGGCGCGGUACGGUGGUUCGUUAUCGGCGCCAAGUGAAUGAAGAUAUGGGUGGACUGAGCAGGCGCGAUGGUCGUCAGAAGCAGCAAGAGCGUCCCAAGCGACAGAUUAUCAGCUACGUUACCGAUGUGCCAAAUCCAUACUUCACUAGCCUGGAGGAUGAUUCUUACUUUGGGUAUGCCGUAAGCUCCGGCUUCUUCCAGGACAAUACCAAGUUGCUGUACGUGGCCAGUGCUCCUCAGAUGAAAGUGCAAACGGGAGAGGUAUACAUAUUCGAUAUCAUCAAUGCCGAUUCGUUCCGGGAAACGCAGAUCAAGGUGCUGUAUACGUUUCCCGGCCAGCAGCAGGGGGAGUACUUUGGCUAUGCGCUACUGACGGAUGAUUUCAACGGAGACGGUCUACCGGAUUUGGCCAUUUCGGCACCAAUGCAUAGUAAAAAUUCGGAAUUCGAGAACGGUGUGGUGUAUGUGUAUUUGAACGAGGGAAAACUGAGCUUCAACCUUCAGACUGUGCUCUCUUCGAGCUAUGAGCUGAACGGACGAUUCGGCAUCAGUUUGGCUAAAAUUGGAGACCUGAAUAUGGAUGGCUAUAAUGACAUUGCCAUCGGAGCUCCAUUCGAAGAGAACGGUGCCGUUUACAUCUACCAUGGUUCGCCGAAUGGACUGCAAACGAAACCCUCCCAACGACUCGUUCCUCCGGAGAAUGGACUCAUGGAUCCGACGGCUCAGCCAAUGUUCGGCCAUGCCAUGUCCCGAGGUGCGGACAUCGACGGCAAUGGCUAUCACGAUCUUGCCAUUGGAUCGCCCAAUUCGGAAUCUGUUUACGUGUACAAAACCUAUCCGGUGGUGCGAGUGUUCAGCCUUGUCACCUCCUCCAAACGGGAGCUUUCUCCGGAGGACACGGCGUUUCAGUUAACAGCUUGCUGGAGGUACGAAUCGGCAACAGACAUCCAGCACGACGUAGGAUUCAGUUACUCGCUGAAAGUGGACUCCCAAAACGGUAGAGCUCAGCUCAGUGAUGGACAGAACAUCCUAAAUGGUUCAGGAAAGAUCAACUACGAUGACUUUUGCCAAGAGUAUGACGUGAAAGUGAAGCCUUCAUUCGCAGACAUCUACAAGCCCAUCACCAUCGAGUUCACCUACAAAGUAGUUAGCAAUAUUCCAACCAAUAGCGAAUUCUGCGACAGAUGCGUCAUGACGGAUCCUACCGCUGUAAAUACGAUUUAUGAAAAAUUAUCGUUCAAAACGGGUUGCGCUGGAGAGACCUGUAUUGCUGAGCUUAAACUCAGCGCUGCCUGGUUGGAUAUUACAUCACCAUACAUCAUUGGAAGCACUCGUACCGCUGCACUACAGUAUGUAGUGGAGAACUCCGGUGAAAAUGCCUUCCUUCCGCAGCUCAACGUGACACUUCCUUCGCUUCUGUCUCUAGCCAAGCUACCAUCCCAUUGCAAAUUGACAAACCUCAACGAUGGACUGAAUUUGCUGUGUGACCUCAACAAUGGACUUCCUCUACGAAUGGACGCCACUACGAAAAUGACACUCGUGCUGGACAUGACCAAACUGGAAGGAAAAUCCUUUUCCAUUGAUGCCGAGGUGUUCAGCACAAGCGAAGAAACCAACCGCGAUGACAACACCCUUCUAAGCUCAGUUGUUCUGCAGGAGUUCAGCGAAAUAGAAGUCGUUAGCAAAGCCUCCGUAACGGAAGUCAACUUGGAAGCCCAAAGAGGAAAUAUCAACGUUACCUACCAAAUCCAAGUAAUGAACAACGGUCCCAGCAGUUUGCGGGAUCUGACCUUCACUCUGAAAGUACCCCUGGUUUACUAUAAACCAAGUUCGGCAGAUGUACUCAACAUCAUCAACUUCAACGAUAUCCAAAUCAGCGGUUAUUACAACUACAAACACCUGGACUUUACGUGGACAAAAGACAAUGUGAUCCUCAUUCCAAACGUCAAGGAAUACUCCACACAACCACCGGAAGUGGACAACUUCUACAAACAAAGCAUGGACUUCGAUAUGCUCUCAGCAGGUCCUCAUUCAAAUCCAAUAAGCGACGAUAGUGGCUUCUCAAGUCGCCGACGUAGAUCAGUUCCAGCACAAUUCAAUCGCUACACCAACCAGCUGAGUCAGCAUUCGAGAGUCCGGCGAAGUCUGUCCACCGUCAAUCCAGCCAUCCUCACUGGGCUUCCAGAGAACCGAACUCUAUUCUUCCACUGUAGCCAAGAGGUCCAGAUCGAUUGCGCAGAUGUAAGCGUUCAGAUUUCCAAUUUCAAACCGGGGAAUAUUCCCAUCGUGAUCAACAUGCAGUUCGAGUUGAACCUGGACUUGGUGGCGGAAAGUUUCCUGGAGCGGGAGGACAUUUUCGCGCUGCAAAUUCUAUCCGAACUGCAAAAGAUGGAAGACGAGGAAGGGGUCGGUUUCAGUGUGGCCAGGAACAAUCCCUUCACGGUGGUUUACAAGUACGCAAUUGCCAGCACGCCGAUUUGGGUCUACAUUGUGUCGGCCAUCAGCGGUCUGCUGUUGUUGGUUUUGAUUUCCUAUGGCCUUUAUAAGGCUGGUUUCUUCAAGCGGGCCACGAAGGAAGAGAUCGAGAAGCUGCACCGGGAGAGCGCUCGAAUGAAUCCACCUCAAGACACCGACGACGACAGUUGAAAGCAUCACCAGUUCCUACGACGAGUGAAGCAGCCAUAAAAGACAACACAAUUAAUUACCAAAUGUUCCAGGAUUUAAGAUUGUUUAUAAGUUUUUUUAUACUUAAAAAAUUGUUGUAAAUUUAAGCAUUGGAAAUAGCAUUUAUUUGUUUAAGGAUUGUAAAGUCAGUAAUAUUUUAGAACAUUUAUAUAAACCAAUUUUAGGCUGUUAGAUAAUUUAUUUAAAUAUAGA